CUCUCUUUUUCUUUCCACCCUAGAUCUACAGGCACUUGAUUUAUUCCAUGUCAAGCUCAGCUCAAUAUCGCCCCUCCAUGUUACAGUGGGCGCCUAGCGACCAAGUCUCCGGAGUUUUGGUACAUGCCGACGCGUCAUAGAGGACGGAUCACGUGUCCGCGUUCAGAAACGCGUGAUCGUCCCGGCGUUCUCCGAGUGGCGGCUCGAAUCUGCGGCCAACACUUGGACCUCACAUCGUGGCACCAGCACUGUCUUGUCUGCCUCGCAUAACAUUUCAUAUGUGUGGUUCUUGCGCGCCGGUGGACGCCCUGGAACGCUUCUCUGUGAUGCGAGCUUCAAUCUUCACCCUGGGCUGACACAUUACGGAUCUCCGUCGAGAGCUGAUGAUCCGGAUUCCAUGCGGGGAAACGCACGGAGAGUAUUUCUUCACAGAGGUGAGUCAGAUUCAGAGGCAAGGGACCCUCCCCCUCUCUCUCUUUCUCUCUUUACUCUCUCACCGUGUUGGCUUCACGGCGAUGGCGGCACCGGCACAUGCAGACGAAAAGCAAGGCAUGGCAGAGUCCAAGGGAGGUGCGGCAUCUGAGCGCGAGAUGGUCGCAUUUCCGGAGGGCGGAAUGCAAGCCUGGGCCACUGUGUUCGGGGUGUUCAUCAUCCAGUUCUGCGGCUUCGGAUACUCCACCGCGUUUGGCGUGUUCCAAGAUUUUUACGUCCGAGAUUACCUUUCCGAAUCUUCCGCGUCGGCCAUCUCGUGGAUCGGGAGUAUGAAUGGCUUCCUGGGCGUCGCUUCGGGAUUGCUCGCGGGCCCGUUAUACGAUCGCGGGCAUUUUCGUUUGUUGAUCUACUCUGGAUGUGCGCUGCAGGCCGUCAGCAUCUUCCUGCUUUCUGUGUGUCAGAAGCAGCAGCUGUAUCAGAUCUUCUUGACGCAAGGAGUGCUGAACGGCCUGGGCGUGGGGAUCGCGUACAUCCCCUCCGUGGCCGUGAUCUCGCACUACUUCCAGCGGAAGCAGGCGCUGGUGAUGGCCCUCGUAGCCGUCGGAUCGCCCCUCGGUGCGCUCGCACACCCGAUUCUGCUGAACAACACGCUGCACACCUCGCUGGGCUUCGCCAACUCCGUCCGCAUCAGCGCGGGGAUCAACACGUUCCUGCUGCUCGUCGCGUGUGCGCUUGUGCAGCCGCGGCUGAAGGCGAUGCCCGAGGCGGGUAAUGUGCCGAUCUUCAUCGGGCGGAUGAGGAGGGAUUGGGGGUACAUCUGUGCGACCAUCGCGAUGCCGUUAUUCAGCGUCGCAUUCUGGUAUCCGCUGUUCUUCAUCCAGCUCGACGCCGUCACGCAUGGAAUGAGCCAAAACUUUGCGUUCUACGCCCUCGUGAUCUUCAAUGGGGCCGCGUCCGUCGGCCGUCUCGCUGCCGGUCCACUCGCGAGCUGGAUCGGCAUUCUCGAGAUCGUGACGUUCUCCGCGUUCAUGGGAUCGGUUCUCAUUUUCGGCAUGAUCUCGCUAAAGACCGUGGUGAGCGUGGUGAUGAUCUCGAUCGUCGAUGGGUUCUUUGCCGGGGUCGUGAACGCGCUCCUGCCGCCAAUGCUGGCAUACCUCACAGAUGAUCCAGCCGAAGUUGGAUUGAGGAUGGGUGUAUCCUUUUCGAUAGAGGGCAUUGCGGAACUCGUCGGUCCUCCCAUCAACGGAGCCCUUCUUGGGUCAACCCUGGCGGCAUACCAGUGGUGGAAGCCUGCUGUGUUCAGUGGGAUCUCGGGCCUCGCUGGGGCGUUCCUGUUUCUCAUGUCCGUGGUCUUCGACCGGAAGAAACAUCGUCUCCUCAAGUUGGAGAAGUCUCGUCGCUUUGCGCAGGAGAAUAGCACCCGCCCAUUAGAACCGACGGGCAACGAACAUCAAUUUCCCGUCGAGCGCGAUGGUGUUGGGGCUGUGGGGCAGGCCUGAUCAAAAUCUACACACAACAAUUUCGGGUUGUGACUUCUGAAAUGGUUGGUUCAU